UUCUUGCUCAUGCUUGCUGUUUUGCUGAGGGCAAGAGUAAGGUACAGCAUACAGUAGGCACAAACCAUUUGAAAAGACUGGAAGUACAUGUGUUAAAUGGCUGCUGUGAUUCUCUGCUGGACUUUACUGACUGUUGGCCUCCUGGGGUCUGCGUCUGAAGCACUGGAAAAUGUUUCAGCUCAUUCUGGGGGCAACAUCGUGCUGCCGUGUCAAGCUACUGAGUCGAGCUCCCAACCCAUAAUUUUGGAGUGGAGCAGAUCUGACCAUGACAAGCUCGAGUAUGUGUUCUUGUACCGAGAUGGGCAGUUCGAUCCAGAGAACCAGCAUCCAUCUUUCAAGAAUCGCGUGGAGCUGAGGGACAAACAGAUGAAGAAUGGAGACUUGUCUCUGAUUCUGAUUGAUGUGACAGCCGACGACAUCGGGACAUAUGAGUGUCGUGUUGUAAGAGCAAGAUCUAAUCUACCCACCCCUCCCAUCAACGUGAUUAACCUGAAAGUCACUAAUAACGGUCAAGACCUUAGAUUUAAAUUUUGGCAAAGCAUUAUUGGAGGACAGAAAGAUGGGAAAGUGCUAGAAUACCUUGGACUGAUGCUGUAUCAGAUUGUGUUCUUACUCUUUUUGUUGUUGUGAAACACUAACAGACACCACUGUGGACCAAGCUGGAUUCAUCCUCACAGAGCUGAGGCUCACGCUGUCCUCUGUACUGGAAAUAUCUUAAAAUGCAAUAUUUUAUCCAUUGUGGUUUUAUCUUUUGGUCUAAAUAUUUGUCCAUGAAGUGGUACAGUAUGCAGACAGAACAAAGCAUCUGAAGUGAUGUGACAUUUGGUCUGGAGGUUGCUGUUUCCUAACAUGAAUGCAUGAACAAGCAAAUGUGAUCUUCGAACAAACUAUAGGGCAAAGGCCUGUCACCUGAAUAAUUGUACCCAAAAGAUGAAGCAGACUACUGUAUACAGUAUGUACAGCUGUUUUUUACAUGAAGACAAUUUGAUAAUACUUAUGCAUUAUUAACACUGGUGGUAUGAACAAAUGUACAUUUAUAAUCCUGCAUGUCCCAUCGAACCUAACUCACGGUUAUGUUGAACCUCGUUAUUGGAGAAUCAAGAGUCAAUAGGCUCUCCAGGUGUAAAGAGGGGGAAUUAAUUUACUAAUUACACCUAAAAAGCCACAAAAGGACUAUUGUAUUAGCUCUAAAGAUAUAUAUAUAUAAGAUUAAAACCGAUAACCUUACCAAGUAAAGUAAUUUGUACUCAUACGGAAUGUCCAUAGUAGUACUGAUACUACAUGAUUCCACUUCAUUAUGCAUUUUUAGACUUACUUAAUAUUAAAAUACUGUUUAAAAAGCUUUGGUCUUUGGUGGCCUUGGUGGUUUAUAUUUAUCUGGUGGUAUACACACACAUUAAAUUACAUAGCUUAACAAUAAAGGAUUACAUAAACCUUG